AUGGCCUCCAAACAGAUCAUAAUCUCUCCCUAUGUUAACAUUAGUGAGAUCAAUCCUGCUCUAGAUCAUUAUAAGAUCAGGGUUCGUGUGAUAAGACUUUGGAAAGCAUUCAAAUCGCUGCAGAUGGUUUUAGUCGAUGGAGAGGGUACGAGGAUUCAUGCGUCUAUUGAGGAUGCAUUGGUGAAGAAAUUUCAUAACCAGCUUAAUGUUGGUGAAUCGAAAAUAAUCGAUACUUUCAGUUUUGUGGAAUAUGACGAUGUGAUGGGCCAAAUUGUUGGUGUUGGUUCUCUAGAUAACGUUAUAACUAAGGGAGAGGACAACAUGAAGAUAAGUUCUGGCGUCGUUGAACUGGUUCAAACUGAUGAUGAAGCAAAUCAUGUACAACCAAAGGUAACUUUAUAUGAAGAGUUUUUCAUGAUAAAUGAAAAUAAGACUAUCGACGAUAUCCUGUAUUCACUCGAGGUACGAACAUGUGUGACUAUUGGGACGAUCUGUUCGGUGGAAAACGUGCCUGAGUGGUACUACAUUGCAUGCAUAGUUUGUAGAAAGAAGGUUCAACCAUAUUCAUUAGAAUCGGACAAGGGUAAACAACGUCUAUAUAGUUGUGGUGUUUGCGACGACAAUAUCAAGGAAGUCGAUUAUAAGUAUAAACUCAUACUGUAUGUUUCCUAUGGAACGUCUCCAAAAAUUAAGCUGCUAUUUUAUUAUGGUCUAGCUCAGCUUUUUGUAGGUAAAAAGGCUGACGAGUUGGUAACACAACUAGUCGAGGACGAUCUUAACAUCAUGCCUGUGUCUCUUUCUGCUCUAAUUGGGAAGACUAUGCUCUUUAAGCUUUCUAUCAAAAAUGAUAAUUUGAAGAGUGACAGGGCUUCUUAUGUUGCUGAAAAGUUUUGGGAGAAGGAUGAUAUGGAAACUUACGGAAAGGUUCAUAAUGAUAACCAAGAAAUAGAGCCAGAUGAACAAGUUCUUCAACUUAAGUCAGAUGAAACAAUAUCACUUUCGACAAAGAGAGAGUUGCCUGGAGUCAAUGAAGACAUCGCGUUUAGAUCGGCACGAGAAAGAUUUGAUUUAACCAAUAAUGUUGCAGAUUUAAGAUUAAGGAUUCCUGCAGAAAGAAAUGCUGAUGCAAAGACUCAUAAUUUGCCUACAUGCAAUGAGGUUGUUGGUUUGAUAUCUGGUGAUUUCAACUCUGGUGUAUUUAAGCGUGACAUCGUGAUAGAAAGUCGUUCCGGAGGUUUGCAAAGAAUAAGUGAACUCCAUCCAGCUUACUUGCCUCUGCAAUAUCCAUUAUUGUUUCCGUACGGAGAGGAUGGUUACAGGUUAGGCAUUGACAUUGGUUUUAUAGAUACGGCUGGAUGA